CCGAAUGCAACCAAACUCUGCCGCCUAUUACCGCGACUCACCGUUGCUUGUUAGCGGUGCAUCUAUGGACUGCAGUACAGUACUGGACUACUUGCCCUUUAUGUCACAAUGCAGAGUACGGCUAUCAACACGUCAGGAUGGCGAGACCCGGGCCUGUAUAACUGACUCAUACAAAGGACCUUUCAGCACUGCCAGCAAGCGCUCAGAUUAUAAAUGAAACACGGAAAAUCAGGUCUCACCGUAACCUCCUGGGCCGUAUCCUCCGUUCCCUCCUCUUGUUGACGCCACCCACCAUUAUCACCACAUCCAAGAGCUAUCUAGACCUUGCGACGCCUCAGCAUGGAUUCAAACAAGUUUAAAGAGCUGGUCUCGAGAUUGUUCGACGAGUAUAUCAUCAAUGAGAUGCCCGCACACCUCCUUCGACUGCAUCCCGACAAAGGUCCAAUCGAAACCAUAGAACUCAUUGACCGAUUCUCCUUGCGUUCAUACUACGAAACCAAAGUCGACGAGAUCAGAGAGGAUGAUAUCGUCCCAAAUGCUGAUGAAGAAUGGGAAGACGCCAUCCUAAGGUUAAUAAAGGAGAAGAUCCAAUAUGCUAUCCUGUCUCAUCGAUGGGUCGAUGGAGACUCAGAGACAUCGUUCCAAUAUAUGAAGUCAAAGAUCGAAGUCAAGUCCUUGGAUUCCCGCGUGGGUGGACUUGGGAAGUUAUAUGCGUUCUGCCAAAAGGCACGCGACGACUUCGGUUGUUCGUUUGCGUGGUGCGAUUUGUGCUGCAUAGACAAGACAAGCAGUUCAGAGCUUGACGAAGCCAUCCGUUCCAUGUUCCGAUGGUAUCGCAACUCACAUAUAUGCAUCACCUACCUCCCAGAGACAGACAGCAUAGACGAUCUCGCGAAGGAGGAGUGGUUCAAAAGGGGUUGGACACUCUUGGAGCUCCUUGCACCAUUCCGGUUGAAGUUUUAUGGAAAGUUAUGGGCGCCACUCAGGCCCCUUCACGAGUCGAAGAACGACAAAUGUGACAACAUCUUGCAAGAAAUCUCGCGCAUUACGCGCAUACCUGAGAUGGAUCUCAGAUCUUUCGAGCCUGAGACCAACCGGGUGCGAGAGAAGAUGCUAUGGGCAUCCAACCGACGAACGACGAAGGUCGAAGAUAUCGCUUAUUCCUUGAUUGGGAUAUUUGAUGUUAGCCUGAUGGUUGCGUAUGGAGAGGGGAAACGAGCCUUUUAUCGUCUGAUGGAGGCCAUAUUGCAGAGAUGUGAUCACUGGGAGAUCUUCUGCUGGAAAGGAGUCUCUUCCUUGUACAACGCCGCCCUUCCAGCUGACCCUAGCUGCUAUCAUGUGGUGGAGAACACGGAUGAUGUUCAUGCCGAAGAACAAAUGAACAACGAGCGCUACAUAAUCGGGGACAAGCUAUUUGCCUUGACUAAUCACGGACUCAAGAUAAAAGUGUUUUUGAUUCGAGUCGAAAAGGUGCACGAAACAGUUGUAGAAGGAACGCAUGGCUCGAGGAAGAGACUCGGUUUCAGCCAUGGAGUGUUGGGUGAUGUGGAAUUAACUUCCGUGCAUUCCAAGUACGAGGCUCAUGCCGAGUGGGCAUUUGGCGUCGUUGACUUUUGGCAACAAUAUGGAGGCGAGUUAGGCUUUCUUGAUCCCCACAGUAGGUCACGCCCGUACACGGCAUUCCUUCUAUCAUACCACCCGAAUGCAUCUCCUGAUGCUAGAUGGAGGAAGGAGAUGACAGAGGACAUAGUGCACAUUUGGCCUCAGAGAUACAUCGAAGAUUCACUUACCCUCUUGUACCUAUAGUCGAAUGUCGUUGACCAUUUAUGCAUUAUAUAUAGACGGCCUUGGAAAUUUGGAAUUGCUACAUCAUACCGCAUCAACCACGACAUGCCCAACAGUCCCUUAUGAGUGUACGUAUACACAAGAUAUCAAUUGUUGUCAAGAUAGCUCUUAAGUAGUACAUUUGAAUGUGGGCUUUAGUACUACGUACAGUGAUACUACAACUUGAUC